AACUACAGAGUCCACAUCCACACUAGCCUAACCCUAAAUAUCCUUCUCCGAUCUCCUCCCGUCCCCAACUAUUAGCCGCCGCCGCUCCACCUAUCGUCCCCGCGCUUCUCCAUGUCGUUGCCGGCGGCGCCAGCGCUGAACCACCCCGCAUCGGAGCCCUGCCCUACUACCCCACGCCAUGCCCCUCCCCAUUCAGACCACCCCCUUGAGCUACGACGGCCCGGUCCUACCCCUGAGCCGUGGCGGCAGUGGCGGCGGCUGGACAAAGUGCCGGAUUUGGAAGUCCCUGAGGUCACCGGCUGCGGGAGUGCUGGAUUUGGAAGUCCCUUAGGUUGCCGGCGGCGGGAACGGAUCCAUCUCCAUCCGGCGACGAGCGAAGGCGAGUUACAGGAGGUGGCUACAGUGCCCUGGAUCCAGAGUAGAUGGACGGCCCUUGUGGCCGGGUCCAAUUGUCCGCCAGCCACGCCGACGUUAGUCCCCUCAUCAUCGCGGCCGUCUUCUCCAUCCAUGGCGCGCGUCUCCUCAAGGCAAUGCUGUGGAGACAAUGUUCAUAAAGUCGCUGCUUCUGCCAACUUCUGCCUUGCCGCUGCAUGGAGUCGCCUCGCCGCCGCCAUAGCCGCCCAUUGUCACUUUCCAGCAAGGUGCACACACGCACCCAACAUCCAUCCAUCCCUAGGGGAGAUCAGCAUGUGAACAACCACGGCCAUUUCUCUUGGCCAGCACAAGCAGUGCCAUCGGCAGUCAAGACAAGCAGCCAACAACUGGAGAAAGUCCUGAAUCUGGUUAAGAGUUUUCUUGUUGGUACAUUUUUUUGACUUAUAUUUGUUGUUUAAGGUUCAAUAACACUGAAAUAACACAUGUGUGCGUAAAAGAUAUGUCUGCAGAAGAAGACAAGCUGUGUGGUAGUUCACGUUUUUGACUUAUAAACAGUACAUCUCCCACCUGAUCGAUGCCGAUGCCACAGUCCUCGAGCAGAACAGGGUGAGCUUCAUACCGUUCCAUUCUUGAUGUGAAUUAUUCAGGCUGUAGAUUUUGAGCUGUUCAAGAUGUGGACUGUUGUGUGGCUCCAGUAAAAUUAUAACUGUACAGAUAUUUUUGUGUGCAUAAAAUCUGCAUUGUACAAUCUCCCUGAUGUUAUGCAUUUUAUUGAUACUCCACUGGAGUUGCUAUCUCUUGGUGUUCAUGGGUUCUGAGUCUGACAGUACAGAUUUUGAAUUUUUCAUGUAAUAACAAGUAAUACGCUUAGUACUCCACAAUUAAACUAUUAGUGCGGGAGGUCUCUUAGUGAAACUGUAUCAUAUUCUGUGUUAAUAUUUUGCAUGCCAUUUGAAGUUCACUUGGCAAGCAAGUAUUGUUUAGUACUGUAUUUGUUGGUGCUUUGAGAUGAAAUUGCAGCAUAAACAUCGAGUUAGAUGAAAAAUCCUUCGGUGCUGAUUCCGAUUUAAACAUUGAGUUAAUAUAUUCUGUACAAGCCUAUGUUUAUGCCCAAUUUGUGUUAAUUAUCUUGAAGUUAGUCUAUCACUUCUUUACUAACAUUCUUGUUUGUUAAGGAAUGGUGUGGUACAGUGUCUAAUUUUCAGCUGAUCGCUUGUAUAGAAAAUUUUAAUCCAGAAAAACCAAGUACUUGUAUAGGCACGCACAGCUUCCUCUCACUAAAAAAACUAAGUGCUUGUCUCUCUCGCUUUUGUUCACAUUUCUUUUAGAGUACAGAAAUGUUUGAUCCAGAUAAACUAAAUACAUGUACAGGCACACAACUUCCUCUCACAUAAAAAACUAAGUGCUUGUCUCUCUCACUUUUGUUCACAUUUCUUUUAGAGUACAAAAAUGUUUAUCCAGAUAAACUACAUACCUGUACAGGCACACAACUUCCUCUCACAAAAAAAACUAAGUACUUGUCUGUAUCAUGUUUGUUUGCAUUCUUCUUUGAGAAAUCUCAUGUUUGUUUGCUAGGAGAGAAAAUAGACAGCUCCCAGUCUGGUUAUCCCCACACACUUACUGUUUGUUCGGUCCAGAACCAAUGGCUGAACCAACUGCUGCACUUUUAGUUCUGUGAUGUGUGUUUGUUACUUGUCACUUGUAGGCUAACUUGAUUAUACUUUCAUUUGACACACUUUUCUUUGGAGUAGUUAUGCUUGUUUUCACGUGUGUUGCCCACAUUUACGUGGUACCUUAGUAUAGUAGUGGUGUGCCCACAGGUGAUUGCUUGGAAAAUCAACUAAUAUUACUAUUUGGAUUCAUUUGGGAGCUUGCUUUUAUAACAUAUUAUAAUUUUGAAUGUGUUUUGAUUCUACACAGAUUUGGUAGUUAAUCCAUGUUACUGGAGAUUGAAGUUUUUUAGCAGGAAUUACUUGGCUUCGGAUAGCUGCCUUCAAUCGUUGCUGUCGUUGGAGAUUAAAAUAUGUUAGCAGUGCAUUUUCUUUUAAGUCAUGUAACUCACUCUUUAAAAAAACUUAUAGUGCUUUCUAGAUAUGCUCGUGAUGUUUUGAUAUUAGCUUUGCUUUUUCAAAUCAGAUUAGAUUGUUGGAAAUCUGUAUUGUCAUGUAAACUAUUGCUAUUUUUGAAGGAAUGUAGUUUGGUUGUCUUGUUGUAAA